UCAAGUGGAGCUGUGAUAUGAUUUUUGGGAUUUUCUUCAUGGACAAAACCAUUAGGCUAUUUGUACCCAAACGAAACAUUGGCCCUCUUAUUGUUGCACGGACAUGACAGCAAACAUUGCAAGUAAUGUUGUGACAAUUGGGCCAUCAUGGGCUUUUCCAAUCAGCCUUUUUUUUUCUUUGGGGGUCCAACCUUCUAAAUCAACUUUGUUUACGUAUGUAUUUAUUCAGGAGGCUUACGAAAGCCCACAAAAAAAUUAAAGAGGGGUAGAGUUUAUAUAAGGCUGCGUCAUUGCAUGGGAUGGAUUAUAUGAUUUCCUUUCAUUGUCUCUCGUUCUCGUUCAGCUUGAAUACGACAAGCAACAACUAGGCUUAAGAUGAUUAAUCUAGUCUGACCUAACAUGCAAUCAGGAUACCAUGAAUUAAUCUAAGCUUCUUGCCGCUGGAUUCAAAGUGUCAAGAUUUCAACAGAAAUGAAAGGUGGUAAAUUUUUUACCAAAAUCGAUAGCCUACUUUGAAGGACUGGAUUACAAUGGCAGUUCAACACUCCCUCAAACUGGCUAAUGGCACCUGUAACGAUGAUGGACAUCCUUCAAGAACUCGUAUCGGCGAUUUUAGGACUAUUGCAUUUUAUUUGGUAUUAUGCUGUUGUUUUGGUCCAACCUUUAAUUUUACGGUCUGUGGGAACUCAAUCAGGAACCUUGUGGAGCUGUGUGGCUCACAUAAUCACUGCUGUUAUUGGCUCUGGAGUUGUGUCUUUGGCAUGGAGUACUUCACAGCUAGGAUGGAUAGCAGGGCCUACUGCUCUGCUUAUUUUUGCUGUUAUCACCUGUCUUUCUGCCUUCCUUCUUAGUGAUUGUUAUAGGUCUGAUGACGGAACACGAAACAAGUCUUACAUGGACGCUGUUGAACUCUAUCUUGGUAGAAACAGGACAUGGGUGUGUGCUUUGCUUCAAAACCUCAGCUUGUAUGGGAUUGAUAUUGCUUAUGUAAUUACUACUUCAAACAGUAUAAGAGCAAUUCAGAAAUCAAACUGUUAUCACAGAGAAGGGCACAAUGCUCCAUGUUCAUAUGGAGAUACUUACUAUAUGCUGCUAUUUGGAGCUCUUCAGGUUGUAAUGUCACAGAUACCAGAUUUCCAGAACAUGGAAUGGCUUUCAGUGGUUGCUGCAAUCAUGUCCUUUACUUACUCUUUCAUAGGAUUUGCACUUGGGUUUGCACAAGUGAUAGAAAAUGGAACGAUUAAAGGGAGUAUAACUGGAGUGCCCACUGCCAAUAUUGCUGAUAAACUAUGGUUAGCAUUCCAGGCCCUUGGAGACAUUGCAUUUGCCUAUCCAUAUUCAAUCAUUCUUAUAGAAAUACAGGAUACUUUGAAGUCACCACCACCGGAGAACAAGACCAUGGAAAAGGCCUCAAUGAUUGCAAUCUUUACUACAACAUUCUUCUACCUCUGUUGUGGAUGCUUGGGAUAUGCUGCCUUCGGCAACAAUACACCUGGAAAUCUCUUGACAGGAUUUGGAUUUUAUGAGCCUUACUGGCUCAUUGAUUUUGCUAAUGCUUGCAUAGUGCUUCACCUUGUGGGAGGAUAUCAGAUUUUUAGUCAGCCAGUGUUUGCAUUUGUGGAGAGAUGGUGUACCAAGAAGUACCCAAGCAGUGGAUUCGUGAAUAACUUCUAUACGUUCAAACUCCCAUUGUUGCCUUCAUUUCAGAUAAGUCCCUUGAAGCUAUGCUUUCGAACAGCCUAUGUUGCAUCGACAACUGCUAUUGCAAUGAUCUUCCCAUAUUUCAACCAGGUAUUAGGACUGCUAGGGGCAUUGAACUUUUGGCCUUUGACUAUAUAUUUUCCCGUGGAAAUGUACUUUGUGCAGAAAAAAAUUCAACCCUGGACCAGAAAAUGGAUUAUUCUUAGGAGUUUCAGCUUUUUUUGCUUGCUUGUGUCAAUAGUGGGCUUGAUAGGGUCGAUUCAAGGACUUAUUAGUGCAAAAUUUGGAUAAUCGCAUUCUUGACUGCAAAGAAAAACUAUAUAAUACGUAUACUUGAAUGUAUUUCAUGGAAACAGCGAAUGUAACUCUAAGCUUGAUAUUGGAUUUUACAGACAUAUCAAGCUUUUCAAAAUACAGCUAAAUCUAC